AUGCCGAAGCCCAGAACCCGGAGAAAAGACGUCCGCUCGGGACGCAAGCGAAAGCACGACCAAGACGAUGUCGAAGUGACCCUCGACGCCGAAGAGGACCAAACCACCAAGCGGCCGCGACUCAACGACGAGGAAGCCCCCGAUCAAGGUGCGGACAACGAUGGCUACGACAACGGCUACGAUGAUACAACGCAGCAGCAGCACCACCACCACCACCAAGAAAGUGCCGGAGAGGCCCAAUUCUUCGGCCUCCUCUCCGACGAAGAGCAAGAAUACUUCCGCGGCGCCGCCGAGGUCCUCGAGCUCAACGACUUCGCCGCCCCCGAGGACCGCGCCGUCUUUGUCGAAAACGUGUUCAAGGAGGCGCAGGGCAAGGAGCUCAAGCUCGCGUGCAGCCAGUCGUGCUCGCGCCUGAUGGAGAAGCUCAUCCUCCUCUCCAACAAGGCGCAGAAGAAGCACCUGUUCGAGGCCUUUGCCGGGAGUUUCCUGUCCCUCGUGCAGCACCGCUUUGCCAGCCACUGCUGCGAGAUGCUUUUUCUCCAGAGCGUGCCCCUCGUGGGCGAGGAGCUGCCCGGGUUCGUCAUCGACGUCGAGGGCAACACCAGCGGCGGCGGCGGGGAGGACGGGGCCGAGAACAAGCCCGAGUCUUCCAUGGAGCAGCUGUUCCUGCUGACGCUCGACGAGCUCGAGGCCGACCUCACGUUUUUGCUGACCCAGACCUACGCCUCCCACAGCCUCCGCGCGCUGCUGCUCAUCCUCUCGGGUCGACCGUUGGAGAAUGCCUCGACGGCGGCCCUGCUCAAGAGCAAGAAGAAGGAGCGCAUUUCUAUUCCUGGCGCCGCUCCCGCCGCGGAGAAUGCCGGCCAGCAACUACGUGCCGUGCCCGAGUCCUUCACGAUGGCGACCAAGAAAAUCAUUACCGAUACCAUGCUCUCCAUGGACAACUCGAGUCUCCGAAUUCUCGUAACCCACCCCACCGGCAACCCGCUCCUCCAGCUCCUCCUCGAACUCGACAUCUCCCUCAACGUCAAAUCCAAGUCCAAGGACAACGACGGCCCCUCCGAGACGCUCCUCGACAAACUCCUACCCGGACUCCCCGACUCGCUCAAGGACGACACCUCCAAGGCGUCCGAGUUCAUCACCGGCCUCGUCUACGAUCAGAUCGGCUCUAGGCUGCUGGAGACGCUCGUCGACCACACCCCUGGCAAGCUCUUCAAGGUCAUCUACCAAAACUUCUUCGCCCAGCGCAUCGCCAGCUACGUGCGCAACGAGAUCGCCUCGUACCCGUCCAUCAAGGUCCUCCACCGCCUCAGCAAGGAAGACCUCGUUGACUGCGUCAAGGAAAUCCUCCCCGUCGUCCCCACCCUCAUCGAAAAGUCUCGCUUCAACGUCGUCAAGACCCUCUUCGAACGCUGCGCCGCCCGCGAAGCAACCUACGAGAUCCGCCAACUCACCGACGCCGUCGUCGGCGCCUGCGCCUGCGACAACGACGCCAAGAACCUCGCCCCCGCCUCUGCCAGCUCCGGGGCGGCGAGGACCCCCGUCAUCAACCACGGCGCCCACCUCGUCACCGCCAUGCUGGGCAUCAAGGGCCCCGCCGCCGCCGCGGCGCAGACUUCCCUCCUCGACCUCUCGCCCGAGGAGCUCCUCAAGCUCGCCACGGGCUCCAUGGCGACCAUGAGCAUCCUCACCGCCGCCCUCGCCAACCCCACCUCCGCCCCCACCCCCUCGGGCCACAACGUCAUCAACGCAAUCGUGACGGUCCCCUCCAAGGGUCGCGAGCGCUCCAUCCCGUUCCACCUCAAAGAGGCGUUCAUGUCGAAGUUGGCCGAGAACGAAGCGACCCUCCGCGACUCGUGGAUGGGCCGAAGCGUAUGGCGCACGUGGAAGGGCGACGUCUGGAAGCGAGGCAGGGCGGACUGGGCCAAGUGGGCGAGGGAGGCCGGCGACGGCGCCGACCAGGCGUUUGCGGGAGCGCCGGCCAAGAGGGACAGGCACUCUCUCGGGCCCCGCAGCCAGAGAAACCCUAAUAGGGAUACGGGUAGCUGGCCCGCGGUGCCGCCGGCAAACCCUUACGUGGCGAGGAGGUUGGCGAGGAAGGCGGAGAGGGAGAAGCAAAGGGCCAGAGACGCCGCGUUUGACCAGAGGAGGAACGGCGGGUAUGCCAACGGAACCGGCCAUGGUGCGACAGAGGGCGAGAAGAGCGGUGAGGCUGUCGAGGUCGUCGAGGCUGUCGAAGCUGUGAAAGAAGAGGUCGCGAACGGGGCUAGCGUCGAUGUGGCGGAGGAGACGAAUCUCGAUUAUUACCAAAAGGUUAGGUUUAACAAAAAGUAA